AUGCCUGGACGUGGCCUACAGGUCGCAUGUUGGCGUGGAUUUCAUUGUAGUCAUACGAUGAAAUAUCAUCAACGAGCUGCAGCUACUCCAAGGCGUGCUAUUAUGUAUGUUCCUGGAUAUGAUGAUCGUAAAGCGAAUAAAGCUGCAACUUUAACCAUUGAUUCGAUCGUUUUGGAUUGUGAAGAUGGAGUUGCUAUCAACAAAAAGGAAGAAGCACGAGUUAAUAUACCAAAAUUACUGGCACGUACUGAUUUCGGAUCAAAAGAUCGGUUUAUUAGGGUCAAUUCCAGAGAUACUGGACUAACUGAAGAUGAUGUCUCUUCUAUAUUGGCGUCAAAUAAUUUACCUGAUGGAUUACUUUUACCUAAAGUUAAUUCGGUGGAUGAUAUCAAUUGGUUUUGUGAUUUAGCUGCCAGAAAUGGAAAUCUUAAAAGUCUGAAUAGACCUAUGAUUUUAGGUGUAAUGGUAGAGACGGCGAUAGCAAUGCUAAAUUUGAAAGAGAUUACCUCUUUCAAGAGUAAUACAUUUGAUCUACAAUGUUUAAUUUUUGGAGCUGAUGACUUCUUGGCUGAAAUUGGCGCUUCAAAGACAGAAAACGCUAUGGAAUUAAUGUACGCUAGACAGCAUGUAAUUUUACACGCUAAGGCAUUUGGACUUCAAGCUAUUGAUAUGGUUUAUAAUAAUUACAAAGACCUGAUAGGUUUACAACGACAAGCUAUAGAAGGUGCCAAAAUGGGAUUUACAGGGAAGCAGGUAAUUCAUCCUGGUCAAAUUGACAUUGUACAAGAAUCUUUUUCGCCUUCCAAAGAGCAAAUUGAAUGGGCUAAAGCACUCUCCAUAGCAUUUGAAGAUCAUCAACAGCAAGGAAAAGGUGCAUUCAUUUUUCGCGGCCAAAUGAUCGAUAAACCAUUGUUAUUGCAGGCAAACAAUAUUUUAAGUUUGAUUAAUAAUGUUAAUGGUAGUCAUACAUCGUCUUAG